CAGCUAAGUACAUUUGGGUAACGAUCGACCCUUUACAAAUGGCGACUCACGUCGAGACACGCUGCCCCUUAUAACCGCACUCUUCUAAUCACCGAUUUUUCUGUGUAAAUAAACGUUGAAACUCCCGACUGAAGUGAUAAAUCAGCGUAAAAAGUCGAAACCUAAAUUAAAUAAUCGGAGGAGUGUAAAAACUCAGUCGUUAAAAAUUAAUAAAUCAAGGUGAAAAACGAGGACUUAGAAUGGGUAACGUUAUGGCAGCUUCAGCACCUCCACCACUAUCGCCUUCAUCGGCUCCAUCCAUAUCAUCACCGAACAUUCAGAAGGAUCAGCACCUUGGACAGCCCUCAGAAGCCUUCACCAAACUGGAGAAUCCUGGGACUGUCGAGGAUCUCCACAAACUCUGCAAAGAUGUGUUUCCAUCCAACUUCGAGGGUGCCAAGCUCAUCAUCAACAAGGGGCUCAGUAACCACUUCCAAAUAUCUCACUCCAUCACUAUGAGCUCUGUUAUCAAGUCUGGAUACAAGUUCUCAGCAACGUACGUAGGAACCAAACAAACAUCGCCAACGGAGGCCUAUCCAGUCCUCUUUGGGGACAUUGAGCCUGGAGGUAACAUGAACGCAACUGUUCUCCAUCAGUUCGGCCCCAGGAUGAGGACGAAAAUUGGUGCCCAGAUCCAGAGGAGUAAAUUUACAGUGGUUCAGGGAACGACUGAUUACCGUGGAGAUUCUUACACUGCAUCAUUGACCGUCGCUAAUCCCGACAUAAUUAAUAAUUCUGGGGUUGUCGUGGCUCACUACCUUCAGAACGUCAAUAAGCAGCUGGCACUUGGUGGAGAAUUGGCUUAUCAAGGGGGUCCUGGGGUACCAGGUGGUGCUAUUGCUAUUGCAUCUCUCGUGGGGAGAUACACCACUGGAGACUCAACCGUCAGUGCUAGUAUUGGCCCAGCAUCGUGCCAUAUAUGUUUCCACCAACGGGCUAGUUCGCAACUCCAAGUGGGAGUAGAGCUCGAUGUUAACACAAGGAUGCAGGAGUCAACAGCGACUAUAGCUUACCAAAUUGAUCUGCCUAAGGCAGAUCUUGUGUAUAGAGGGAGUGUGGAUUCAAAUUGGACAGUGGGUGCUGUGCUUGAAAAGAAAUUACAGCCCUUGCCCUUCGCAUUUGCCCUGAGUGGUCUUCUCAAUCACAGCAAAGGACAAUUUCAACUCGGUUGUGGAUUAAUUCUCGGUUAAAAAAUGUCUUUCACUUUGGCAUUAAAAUUAAAAUUAGCUCCAUAAACUAAAUAAAUAAAUUUACCAAGGAAAACAAAUGAUAACAACGUGCGAAAGGAACUGCUGCCAUUGACCUCAGACUUUUAUUCAUUGCGAAAACCAUUAGUUCUCAGAAACGUAUUGUUUCAUACACAAAAGAUAUGUGACAUUUGCAUUAGGAUGAUUCCUUGUUUGUAUUAUUACUCUGUCAAUCAGCGUAAUUAAUAAAUUAUAAGCCCUUUAUGUUCAAGUGAAACUCGCGACAAAAUGCAUGUACAAGUCUAGGUGUCACUGUUGUAUUAUUUGAUUCUCGCGGAAAAUUGAAGAAACCAUGUCAACAAAUUUACUUAACACUCAUUCGAUGUUUACCUGUAUUUCUAUAAUAUUGAAUACCAAAUUACAAGUAUCGCAAAUCAGCUGCCUGCAUUUAAGGAGAAGUGGAAGAAAUUGACAUUCGAACUGUGCAUUGAACAAACCAAUGUUGAAUAGAGAAUUAUAUUGUUGAA